UCGCGACUUGGAGCCUGUAGGGGCUCCAGCUGGCACAGGGGGUGGAGUAACAGCUCCGAGCCUUUGUGGGCCCCUUAAGUCGAAAAUAGAGGUAGAAAGAAGAGGAAUAACAGGAAUAAAGUGCAGAGCAUAGAAACACGCAGUCUCCCUGCGCAUGAGCCCUUGGGCGAAACCAAGGGGACCCUUGAAAGAUGCCAGCUUUUCGUUUUCUUUUUCUUAAUUGAAGGACCCCGCCCCUUAUUGUUUGAGAUGCCUCUGGCACGCGCAUCCUAGAACAACCUAACUGCUGAGUCACAGUGAGCUAGUAAAUCAGGGUCCGUUGCUAUAUAGCCCCGAGAGCAGCUCCAGUGCUCUGGCAGUAAGAUUUUCUUAGAAAGAAAAAAAAAGGGCCUGAAGUAAGAAUUUACUCUUCAGAUUUCACAAUGGGAAAUCCCAAGAAAGUCAUGCUCACAGUUCUCAGCCAGGAGCAGGCGGAAGGUGUGGGUGCUCGAGUUCGGAGAAGCAUUGGCCGGCCUGAGUUAAAAAAUCUGGAUCCGUUUUUGCUAUUCGAUGAAUUUAAAGUGGCUAAACCAGCAGGAUUUCCUGAUCACCCACACCGAGGUUUCGAAACAGUGUCUUACUUGCUGGAAGGAGGCAGCACAGCUCAUGAGGAUUUCUGUGGACACAGUGGUAAAAUGGACCCUGGUGACUUGCAGUGGAUGACUGCUGGCCGUGGGAUCCUGCACGCAGAAAUGCCUUGCUCUGAGGAAACUGCUCAUGGUCUACAACUGUGGGUCAAUUUGAGGAGUUCAGAAAAGAUGGUGGAGCCUCACUAUCAAGGACUGAAAAGUAAAGAAAUCCCCAAACCCAGCAAGAAUGGUGUGACAAUAUCUGUUAUCUCAGGAGAAGCCCUAGGAGUCGAGUCCAAGAUUUUUACUCGCACACCUACCUUAUAUUUGGAAUUCAAAUUGGACCAAGGAGCCAAGCAUUGCCAGCCUGUUCCUGAAGGAUGGACAGCCUUCAUUUACACACUGUCUGGCAAUGUGUGCAUUGGCCCUGACGGUGAACAACAAAAAGUUGAACCUCAUCACUCUGCAGUGUUGGGGGGUGGUGACAGUGUCCAGGUAGAAAACAAGGAUCCUGAAAGAAGCCACUUCUUCUUAAUAGCUGGGGAACCAAUUAAGGAACCGAUUGUGCAAUACGGUCCAUUUGUGAUGAAUACGGAAGCAGAGAUUUCUCAAGCUAUCAUUGAUUUCAGAAGUGGCAAGAAUGGAUUUGAAAGAGCCAGAACUUGGAAAUCCAAGAUAGGAAACUAGUGAAAAAGUAAAAAAAAAGUAGGUCCAGCUAAUUACCAGAUUGUUUCCAUUUGUGUUUAACGCUGGAUGAGUGUUAAAAACCCCAAAUAUGUACCAAUACUUUUUUAAGCUCACACAUUGAAGUACGAUAAAUGCAUUUAGUUUUAUUAAUAUAGAAACAUGUAGAAAGAGAUUUCUGAUAUAUACAAAUAAAUGUUGCUUCUGUUUAAAAAA